AUUAGAUAUAAGUAAUAUUUAUUAAAUAGAUUAACAUUAAUUUUAUUUAAAUUAAUAUUUCAAUAUUAUAUUCAAUGUUAAUAUUCAAAUUUUUAAAUUAAUGUUAUUCCUAAAAUUAAUUACUGUCACGGUAAAAUGUAGAAGCACAUUUUUUUCGAAUUUAGGAAAUUCAAAGUAAACGUAAAGAAUUGUCAAUUGUCUGUUGUCGAUAUUUGUCGACGCAACAGUUAAUUUAACAUGUUAAUUCGCACAAAUUUAUCACAACAUUCAGAAAGUGACAACAAAAUUUUUCAUUUUGCAAGGCAAUUUAUAAAAAUUAGUUGCUUCGUUUGCAGAGUUUCGACGAAAGUUGACGAGCACAUUUAACGAAAAUUACGACCUAUGUAACUCGCUGAUAGCUCUCUCUCUCCUUUCUAUAUUCAGUGAAUUCAAAGUAGAGUUCAAAGAGUUAUCAAUAACAAUGUCCAUCGAUUUUCCACGGCGUUCAUUGCGUAAUCGCAAUUAACGUUUGAUCUAGGUGACGUAAUCGAAGGCGGCUUCUCUUGUUUCAGGCUGCGGAAGGUUUUGUCUUCGUGGUGGGCUGUGAUCGUGGAAGAAUUCUCUACGUAUCCGAGUCUGUUCUGCAGACACUCAAUUAUUCUCAGGGUGACCUGUUGGGUCAAAGUUGGUUCGAUAUUCUGCAUCCGAAGGACGUAGCCAAGGUGAAGGAGCAACUAUCCUCUUCGGAUCUUAGUCCACGCGAACGAUUAAUAGACGCCAAAACGAUGUUACCGGUGAAAACGGACGUGCCCCAGGGUGUAUCGAGAUUAUGCCCCGGCGCGCGGAGGUCUUUCUUCUGCAGGAUGAAGCGAAAAGUGGAAGGUGUUCGUUGCAGUGAGUUGCAAGUGAAGGAGGAAGCUGACACGGCCAGCGGCUGUCAUCGACGAAAAAAGCAACAAAAUGUCGGCAAUGUACCGGAUAUCUGAAGUCCUGGGCGCCUGCGAAAAUCGACCUCGAGGAACACGAAGGCGACGGGGAUGGAGAGGCUUGCAAUUUAUCGUGUUUAGUAGCAGUUGGUCGGCUACAGUCCACGUUACCAACAUCCUUGCCUAAGAAACCGCGUUUGAGACCGAUAAAGUUUGUCUCGCGACACGCGAUGGAUGGCAAGUUCCUCUUUGUCGACCAAAGGGCUACUUUAGUGUUAGGUUUCCUGCCGCAAGAGCUACUUGGCACGAGUAUGUACGAAUAUUAUCAUCACGAUGAUAUCCCUCAUCUAGCAGAAUCUCAUAAAGCUGCUCUUCAAGCAUCCGAGUGCGUCACCACGCAAAUAUACAGGUUUAGAACCAAAGGUGCGAGCUUCGUGAAGCUUCAAUCCGAAUGGAAAUCCUUCAGAAAUCCAUGGACCAAAGAUAUCGAGUACCUAAUAGCCAAGAAUUCUGUUACUUCGUAACGGCGGAUUAGAAAGAUUGAUCUCGAGUCACGUAGAGGUAAGUAAAAUCGGCCGACAAAUAGCUGAAGAAGUUUUGGAUCUUCAAAGACGCGGUGAGGAUUCUUCUUCCGGUAGCAGUCCCGGGCCAGGACCGGAAACUGCUUUGUUAAACACCGAGACACAGAUCACCACAACCGCGUCGCCAGAGAGAGUGCAGGAUAUGACACAGUCAACCAGGGGCAGCAGCAACAACAGCAGCAGUAAUCCUACACCGACGUUCAACCACAUAGCAAACAACUUGCAGUUGAACAGCAUCGCGAACGACCAAGGAGCGUCACCAGACGAGGACAUGAUGGACAUGAUCGGUGGAACGACGAUCAACGAAUCGCCGAAUCCAGUGCCAUCGGAUGGCAACGACGAGGCAGCGAUGGCCGUGAUAAUGAGCCUGCUAGAGGCAGACGCCGGUUUAGGUGGCCCCGUGGACUUCUCCGGUUUGCCCUGGCCGCUCCCA